CACCGGCAGUCUGACAUCUUCUUUUUUCUGACUGCAGAUUGGAUAGACAGAGAUAAAAGAACAUGCGAGAUGUAGAUGUGUACAGAUCACUGAGAUGAAAACAGAAGACGUGUCGUGUCAAGUCAAGAAAAGUAUAUAGUCGUAAAUUUGGCUUUAAAAAAUCUUUUUUUUUUGUGUUUAUCAUUGCGAAAAGUGAUCUGAAAUUGAAUGUGAAUCUGUGAACUACAAAAGGAAGGAAAUUUCCUAAAAUGGGCCGAAAAGGGAAGAAGAAGCCAUCAGGGGAUUCUGGACCAGCUGGAGAUGCCCCAAAACCUGGAACAUCUGCUACAAGUGGGGAUGGACUACCUCCUCAGCAACCGCAAGGUGGUGAAAGGCAGGAGGGUGCGCCUGUUUGGCGUGCUGGUAGAGGAAGAGGAAGUGGCCCUCAACAACAAGGCCCGCAACAAAGACCUGGACAAGGGCCUCCUCCAGUAGGUGCUUUUCAGGUACAACCAAGACCUGCUUGGCAACCUCAAGGGCAGCAACCAGCCCAAGCACAACAACAAAGAACGCCUUGGGGGGCACAACAGCAGACACCAUUCCAACAACAGGAAAAACCUGCUGGGCCAUCUCAAGUGCAACAGCCAGUCCAGCAACAACAAAAAUCCGCUUGGCAACAAAAGCAACCUCAACAACAACAGAAGCCUGUUGGACAACAGCAGCAGCAACAAAGGCCUGUUGCGCAACAGCAGCAGCAACAAAGGCCUGUCGCGCAACAGCAGCAGCAACAAAGGCCUGUUGCGCAACAACAGCAUCAGCAAAGGCCUGUUUCGCAACAGCAGCAACAAAAGCCUGUUGGGCAACAGCAACAGCAACCAGGUCCACAAUGGCGGAAAGAGCCAUUUCCUGUGCAACAACAGGCGCAGGCCCAACAACAAAAACAACAGCAGCCUCAGCAAAGACAACCAAGACAAGCCGGUGAUAGAGCUUCACCGCCUACAAAAGAAAUGGCAAGAAUGAGCGUAGUGGAUGAGCCGUUUCCAACAACAAAACAGUCUUCCCCUACGAAAUCAUCAAUCCCAGAUCACCUCGCGAGGGCUUUGGUUGAAAAAAUUCCGCUUCGCAAGACAGAAGGAAAGACAGGUAGACCCAUUCAGGUCUUUGUCAACAUGAUGGAAAUCAAGUUUGGUCCAAACUUCCGCACUGACAUCGUUCACUACGACAUUGUAUUUAAUCCUGAAACUCCUCGAUAUUUGAUAAGACCUGCAUUUCAAGCAUUGCAGCAACAGCAUUUUCCAACACGACAUCCUGCAUUUGAUGGAAGGAAAAAUGUCUUCAGUGCUGGGAGAUUGCCCUUUGGAGACACAAUGGAACAUGAUGUGGAAGUUCAUAAUGAAGACGGAAGACCGAAGUCUUUCAAAAUUACGAUGAACAAAGUCAAUGAAAUUGACCUGAAAUGGCUGAAAAAUGUGAGAAGAGGGUAUCCAGAAGGCGAACGCGACAUUAUAAGUGUACAAGCCUUAGAUAUCAUUUUACGACAGGCUCCUUAUCAAAAUUUGUGUGUCACGCCGGUGGGAAGGUCUUUCUUCUCUCAGCCACGCGGUAGACCAGUGGAUCUCGGAAAUGGCCUUGAACUCUGGGUGGGUCUUUUCCAGUCAGCAGUUCUUGGAUGGAAGCCUUACUUAAACGUUGAUGUGGCCCAUAAAGGAUUUCCUAAGCCACAAGCCGUUCUUGACGCCAUGGGCGAGCUCUGUCGCUCAAAUGGGGUUCCUACAGCGCAAGAGGUUAAUAACAACCGGGAAGAAAUUGAGCGCUAUUUGAGGAAACUAAAAGUCACUUGCAUGAUUCCAAAUCAACCCGAUUCAAGACGCACCUAUACAAUUAAUGGAUUGGUCAGAUGUGCAAGAGAUAACUUUUUCGAACACAAUGGGAAUCGUGUUAGCGUCGAGCAUUAUUUUCAAAUCGAAAAGAAGUACCGAAUUCGAUAUACUGAUAUACCUUGUCUCCACGUUGGACCGCAUCAAAAAAACAUUCAUGUUCCUGCUGAACUCUGUACUAUUCUCAGCGGACAAGCGACAAAUAAGAAAAUGAACGAACUCCAAACUUCGAAUAUGAUCCGGCAGGCUGCGACACCAGCAGAUGCUCGAAGGCAAAAGAUUUUGGACACGUUCAAUGCAGUUCGACACAAUCAUAGCCCGUGCAUGAAGGAAUUUGGACUCUCAAUCGGAGGAGAGUUCGAGAAAGUGAACGCUCGAGUUCUGAAUGCGCCAACGUUGACCUACAACGAACAAGACAGAGAUGUCCGAGUCAUGAAGGGAGUUUGGAGAGCUUCGAGAUUCAACGUAGGCAAAGAUUUGCCCGAUGAGAGCUGGACAAUUUUGAAUCUGGACAACAGAACUCGAGAAGAUGCUCUUCGAAAUUUAGAACAAUUGUUGAGAGGAGGAGCCUCCAGUCUUGGAAUGAACAUCGGAAGAGCUGUGACGCCUUACGCACAAAUGCAGCCUCCAACCAGAAAUCUUCAGGAGAUUAUCAAGUUUUUCAAUGAAGCAAAAGCUAGAAAGCUGCGCCUUGUCUUUGUCGUUGUUCCCGAUAGGCCGCCCAAUGUUUACAGUAAAGUCAAGCAAGUGGCUGAAUUAAAUGUUGGAGUUUUGACCCAGUGUCUCAAGUCCUUCACAGUUCAGAGAAAAUUGAAUCCAGCAACUGUUGGAAAUAUUCUCUUGAAAGUGAACGCGAAAUUGGAUGGAGUAAAUCAUACCUUACACAAAACAUCGAAGCCAAGAUGCUUAUUCGAACCGUGUAUGAUAGUUGGUGCAGAUGUGACUCAUCCGGCUCCAGAUGCAAUGGGAAUUCCUUCCAUUGCCGCGGUGGCAGCAAGUCACGAUCCAAAGGCCUUCAAGUAUCACAUCGAAAUUAGAUUGCAGCCUCCAAGGGCUGAGAUCAUUCAGCAUUUGGAAGAGAUAAUGAUUAUCCAGCUGAAAACUUUCUAUCAGAAAACUUCACAUAAACCAAGGCGAAUUAUCUUCUACAGGGAUGGAGUCAGUGAGGGCCAAUUUCCUCAGGUAAUGCACCAUGAACUGACGGCCAUCAGGAAUGCCUGCAGGAAAGUGGAGCCAGGUUAUGAGCCUCCGAUUUCGUUCUUUGUUGUCCAAAAGAGACAUCAUAUUCGCCUUUUCCCCGCCGACGCGAGGAAUAGCGACGACAGGAACGGAAACGUCCAGGCGGGAACGAUUGUUGAUACGGAAAUCACCCAUCCAUCGCAUAUUGACUUCUACCUUGUGUCACACGCCAGCAUUCAGGGAACGGCUAGACCUACUAAGUACAGAUGUCUUUGGGACGAUAACAAGAUGAGCGAGGACGAAAUUGAACAACUCACUUAUUAUCUGUGCCACAUGUUUUCAAGAUGCACUCGAUCUGUCAGCUAUCCGACUCCGACAUAUUAUGCUCAUCUUGCAGCUUUCAGGGCAAGAGCCCUGACGCAAGAUGUUAAUAUCGACGUCAAUAACUUGGAAAAUGAACAGAAGAGGAAGUUGACAAUCAAGGAGGAUUUCUUGAAUAAUCCAAUGUUCUUCGUCUAGAAUUUGUGAAGGAGUAAAAUAAAUAUAUUUAUAUCAGCAUCGGAAUAAUCCACUGCUUCAAUUUUCAUAUUUUAUGCUUGUUUGGAAAAUUACAUUCACCAUUAUUACAUGUCAAGAGUAGAGAGAAGAAUGUGAUCUAAACUUAGUAAGUAGUUAUAUCGACUGAUAAAGUUUAAACACUACUUCUCUAUUUUGUAUUACGUUAUAAUUUUUACGCAUUAUGCUGCGCAUAUGUAUAAUCUAUCUUUCACCAGUUUUCUUAAAUAUUGCGUAAUUAAUUUUCUUUUGUUUUUUGAGAUUUGUAUUUAAUAUAAUAUUUUUAAAUGUA